CCCGCACCAGUUUACUGCACGGGCCAUGAGCCCGUGAUCCCCACAGGCCGUCCCGCUAUCCAGUCGCCCGUGGAGUUCGACUCGCACCUCGAUAAGUCAGAAUGGCGUUACGGCAUCACGAAGCUGCGGCGGCGCCUCGCCAGCGCCACUCGGGGCCACGUGCUCGAGGUAGCCAUGGGGACGGGCCGCAACAUGGAGUUCUACGACUGGGCCAAGAUUACGGAAGCAUUUGUGCCGCAGUCGGAGCGCAACAAGGAGAAGCUUCGGAAGACGGUCUGGGGCACCAAGAGCCUCGACGACGUUGAGCUGCAGAGCUUCACGGGCGUUGAUAUCUCAGCUGAGAUGCUCGACAUUGGACUCCGUCGUUUGCGCAUGUUUGUGCCCCAUGGCGUGGACAGUCUGCCCAAACGCCCCAGCUUCGCCAAGUUGGCGGCCGAGAGCGGUGGGAGCCAAGUUGAUCUACUCGACGGCAAGCUGCGUGUCAUCCAGGACGAUGCCCAACAGACCCUCCCUAAACCACCGCCGGGGGCAGCAGAGAAGUACGACACCAUCGUCCAGACAUUCGGCCUAUGCAGCGUGCGAGACCCGACACAGAUACUUGUCAACAUGGCGGCCCUAGUGCGACCGGACACGGGCCGCAUCAUCUUACUGGAACACGGACGCACCUGGUGGGGUCUCGCCAACGGACUGUUGGACCGUGCUGCACUGGGCCACUUUGAGCGAUUUGGGUGCUGGUGGAAUCGCGACAUAGAGCAGAUUAUACGGGAGGCGGAGAAGAGGAUACCCGGGCUUGAAGUCGUGGCGUUCGAGAGGCCUGGGUGGAUCUCCUUUGGUACAAAUAUUUGGGUCGAGUUAAGGGUC